UUUCUUCGAAUGCAUGGUUUCGUCCUUGCAAAUCUCACUUAAUUUUCUUCUUUAUUAUGCAGAAUUAUCUCAGCGCAUCCACCAGAGAAAACUGCAAGAAUGCCUCCCAAGCACGGAUCGGCUCCUUAUUCGGAUGCAAGGAAUUCAAAGAGGAAGAUGAAAGAAGUGAUGGUGGAUCAACCUACUCCUGCAGCAUUGACUCCGCCAACAACAGUACCCAUGAAUUUGUUCCCAGUCCACAUUGCUGCGCCUAACCAACAACUUCCUUCCCAGCCUUCUGAACCCGUCAAUUUUGACAGAUUUUUGACUAGGCCUUUUACUUCGUAUACUGCUUUAUUAACUGAAGCAGAAGAAGAUUAUGGCCCUGCUAGUCUCCGUCGCGUGCAGGACCAAAUUGAACAGACUACCAAAGCCCACGCUGACCAAGUGAGGAAAAUGUUGUUUGAUGUUUGGAUGCGGCACUACAAGAACAUCAUGAACAGUGCGUACGAGGAGGCAAGCACGAAACUGAAGGAGAAAGAAGAGGAACUAAGGCAAGCAAAGAUGAGGAUAGCCGAACUGGAAGCGGUUGUCGGUCAACUGACUUAUCAGGGACAGUUUCUACAGAACAGAGUUCGAACCUUAGAGAAUCAGCAUGCUGGAAUGAGAGCAGCGUUCCAAGAUGCAACACUACGUGGCGCUCUCAAUGCUGGUGCAGGCGCCAGGGUUGGCGGCCCUGAGGCGCCGUUGCAAGAGGACGCUGAGUCCUCUUUCGUUGAUCCACAUAGAGCUGAACCAUGGAAGAUUGGGCCGUGUAAGACUUGUGACAAAGAAGAGGCUACGAUGCUGAUAUGGCCAUGUCGCCAUGUUUGUCUCUGCGCAAAAUGUGCUGCUGCUGCGACUGCCUGCCCUGUUUGCAACAUUCCCAAGUUUAAUAGCUUCGAAGUCAUAAUCCCUUAA